AUGGGCCGCAGGAGCGAAGAACGGCAAGAGGCAGAGCUCGCUCUUCUCAGUAAUGAUGAAUCGACAUCUAGCAGCGAUAUUGAUGACCUUGAGGCCAACAAAAAAGUCGAGCAGGGCAACAAACAUGCCGAGCUCGAAUACCAAACCCCCACGACACUAAAGGGCAUCUGGCUCACGACGUACUUUGGGUUUAGCAUGGCCCUCACUAUCUAUAAUAAAUUUAUUCUGGGAUCUUUCAAAGCUCCUUGGCUCCUAACAUGCCUGCAUACAACUGUCUCCGCCCUCGGAACCCUCGUGAUGCUAAAAAUGGGCUACUUCAAGCCCUCGAAACUCAGCCUGAGAGAGCAUCUUAUACUUGGAGCAUUUUCCGUACUCUUCACAUCGAACAUUGCGAUGUCCAAUCUGUCACUGUCUCUUGUUUCGCUAGCAUUCUUCCAAAUAAUUCGUAACACCGUGCCGCUCUUCACCGUUUUGAUUUACCGAGUCUGGUUCUCUCGGUCCUAUACGAUGGCGACAUAUCUAUCCUUGAUUCCUAUUGUCGUGGGUGCUGGGAUGUGCACCGCUGGCGACUAUAACUACACAAUUCUGGGCCUAAUGGUUACGCUGGGAGGCGUGAUCUUGGCUGCAGUGAAGACUGUGACAACAAAUCGCCUGAUGACCGGCUCCCUGGCGCUUCCACCAAUGGAGCUUCUUUUCCGAAUGUCGCCUCUUGCCGCAGCUCAGUCAUUUAUCAUCGCAAUCAUCGCUGGAGAGAUCCCGGUGUUUCAAAAGGCAAUGGUCGAGCGGACUGAGGACGCUUCGGCUUUUGCGAUCACUACGACUGUUUUGUUCCUUCUUGGCAAUGGAUGCCUGGCUUUUGUGCUAAAUGUGUCGAGCUUCCAGACGAACCGACUUGCGGGAGCUCUUACUAUUACAGUCUGUGGCAAUCUCAAGCAGGCCCUCACACUUGCUUUGGGUAUUGCCGUUUUCGGAGACUUUUCUAUUAACAUUUUGAAUGGGCUUGGUAUCUCCUUGGUGUUGGCAGGCUGUGCAUUCUUCAGCAAAGUGGAGUUGGAUUCUAAGAAACGGGCAACUUUGACAUAG